CAACACGCCGCUCGCUCUCCGCUCGCUCUCCGCUCGCUCUCCGCUCGCUCUCCGCUCGCUCUCCGCUCGCUCCCCGCUCUCCGCCUGGUCAGCGCCAGUCCGCGCUCUGUCGAGCUGCCUCGCGAACUCGCGCCGCGUAGCCUCACCGCUGUCGGCUUCGAGGGCUUUCAGCGGCGAGAUGAACGCCGCACGCUGGCUCUCGUUGCUGCUCGCAGCGCCGCCGACGCUCGGCUUCUACCUGCCCGGCGUCGCUCCGCAUGAGUACCUCGACGGUGAGGCGGUCGAGAUCAAAGUAAAUCAGCUCUCGUCGCCUCGAACUCACCUGCCGUUUGACUACUAUGCACUGCCACAUUGCCGGCCGGAGACGCUCGAGUCCAAGGCCGAGAACCUCGGCGAGGUCCUGCACGGCAGCAAGAUCCAGAACUCGCCGUUCGCGCUGCAGAUGGGCAAGACGGCGUUCCGCGUCCUCUGCCGGGUGGAGCUGACCGCACACGACGCGGCCGUCUUUGGCGCGAGGAUCGCACAGGACUACCGCGUGCAGAUGAUCAUGGACAACCUGCCCGCCGCGACGCGAAUUCUGACGGAUUCUGACGGCAUCGCUCUCACCACCUACGAGCGCGGCUAUCCGCUCGGCUUCCUCGGCUCGCCAGAGUUUCCCGGCACCUUUCCCAGCGCGCCGUACAUCAACAACCACUUGCGACUGAUCAUCAAGUACCACCAGGAGCCCGACCUCUUCCAGGGCUCGCGGAUCGUCGGCUUCGAGGUGGAGGCCCUCUCGGUCGCACACAGGUACGAGGGCGAGUGGCGAGGCGUCGCGACCAAACUGGCGACGGUGCCGCUCUCGCCCGACCUGCCACCGCAGCCGGUGCGCGCGGAGCACAGGUGCCGGCGGAGGCAGGGCGGCGGGUCGGCCGCCGGCGGGUGCGAGGUCAUCUUCACGUACGAGGUCACCUGGGAGGAGUCGCCCGUCCGGUGGGCGUCGCGGUGGGACCUGUACCUCUACAUGGGCGACGACCAGGUGCACUGGAUCUCGCUCGUCAACUCGCUCGCGGUCGUGCUGCUGCUCACGGGCGUCGUCGCGAUGAUCAUGGCACGCACGCUGCGGCGAGACCUCAACAGGUACAACUCGCUCUCCGACGUCGCGGACGAGCGGGAGGAGCUGCUCGAGGAGUCUGGCUGGAAGCUGGUGCACGCAGACGUGCUCCGGCCUCCGCCGCGGCCGCUGCUGCUCUCGGUCUCCGUCGGGACGGGCGUGCAGCUGCUCUGCAUGUCCUUCAUCUCGAUCGCUUGCGCGCUGCUUGGCUUCCUCUCGCCCGCCAACCGGGGAGGCCUGCUCACCGCCACGCUGCUGCUCUUCGUCCUGAUGGGCGUGCCCGCCGGCUACGGCGCCUCGCGCACCUUCAAGUCCCUGCGCGGCGUCGAAUGGAGAGCGCUCACGCUGCUCACCGCCACCGCCUACCCCGCCGCCAUGCUGCUCAACCUCGCCCUCUGGUCGCACGGCUCGACCGGCGCCGUGCCCGCCGGCACCUUCGUCGCGCUCCUCGCCAUGUGGUUCUGCGUCUCGCUGCCGCUCGUCUUCGUCGGCGCCUUCCUCGGCUUCAAGCGGCCGCUGCCCGCCCCGCCGACGCGCACAAACGAGAUCCCGCGGCAGAUCCCUCCGCAGGGGUGGUUCUUGGGCCGCGCCGUCACGAUGGCGCGCUUCUACUACGUCUUUGGCUUCCUCGCCCUCGUCCUGCUGCUGCUCGUCAUCACUUGCGCCGAGAUUUCGAUCGUGCUCUGCUACUUCCAGCUCUGUGCCGAGGACCACGCGUGGUGGUGGCGAGCCUUCCUCAACUCGGGUGCCGCUGGACUCUACCUGCUCGCCUACUCGGGCAUCUACUAUUGCACGCAGCUCGAGAUCAGCGGCUUUGUGCCGCUUCUGCUCUACGUCGGCUACAUGGCCCUCGCCUCUCUACUAUUCUUCCUCAUCACCGGGACCGUCGGCUUCCUGGCGUGCUGGUGGUUUGUCUGGACCAUAUUCGGCUCCGUCAAGGUGGACUGA